CGAACACUGUGAAUGAAACCCAAAGCGCACAGGAACGAUUUCAGAGCAUUUGGCUGCCACGCUCUGAAGAGAGGGACAGUGAGCAAACAUGGCGGCUGGUAACGGUCUUCGUUCUCGGAUCAGAGAUCUGCUUGCUAGGCCCUUCAGAAACAGCGGAGUCCAUGAGGGCAUACACCAUAAGUUCACGAGGCCCCACAAGAUCGGUGACUAUGUGGACAUCAAGGUGAACGGCGCCGUUCACGAAGCCAUGCCCCAAAAGUUCUACGACGGCCGAACCGGUCGAGUCUGGAAAGUCACAAAGCGCACCAUCGGCGUCGAGAUCAAUGAGCAGAAAUGGUGGUACAGGUUUGAAAACUCAAGUUCGACUAGAUUGGCUUAUGGUAGAGCCGACCUCGAGCAUCGAAGCUCUUCUGGAUACGGCUCGAUUGAAACGCAACCCAUUUCUCACCAUCGAGGUGAAACGAGGGCGAGAAGAAGAAAGAAUGAAAUGGUUUGGCAUAGCGGUACCCAAUGGAAAUGCCGGACAAAGGAGUAUCAGCUCGGUUUUAGAUCGCACCCUUACUAAGAAUCGUGUCAUUGUGCCUGGUUCGUGAAGGAGAUUAUUCUUCUUUCUUGUUCCACACAUUUAUAUAUAAAGAUUGAAAGGUGAAUUCAUCA